AUGAAACUCUUCGGCAUUGGCAUUGUCACAGCAGGCGGAUCGAGUCUGGUCCGGGCUGAUCUUCCUAUCCACGGGUUGAUGCAUGAUGUUCUGGGAGCGUGGACCUUCACAAUCGGAACAGAUGCAAGUGACCAUCCAACGUCGUGUGGCAGCGGCGCGCCCAACUUUAACCUCGAGAAUCUAAGGCCAGAGUUGAGCAAUUACGCUUCGUGGCUCGCGUCCCAGAGCCACGUGGAGAAAGAAAUUGAGUUGACUUUGACGGACAAACAGAUCCGAAAGAACAGCGACGUGACACCGAGGAAUAAUUGGACGUAUUUAGCUGUUACUCUUCCAUCCACACCCGACGUGCCCGUGGGAACAUGGACAAUGGUCUAUGAUGAAGGCUUCGAGAAGCGGUUCGAAAUCCUUUUCAACAAGCUGUUUCCCGGAGAGAGCAUGGCUGUCUUCGAGUCACCUCUGUCUGCCCAGUCCAUUUUAAGCUGCUCUCACGGGUGCCUUAGGUAUGCGAAGGAUUACAACUACGUUGGCGGUUUCUACGAAGGGUGUAAUGAGGAGAAGAUUAUGAAUGAGGUUUACCAUCACGGACCGGUCGUGGUGGCGAUUGAUGCGCCCGACACACUCUUCAUGUAUCAAAGUGGACUUUUUGAUUCUCGACCGCCUGAUCACGGCAAAAUCUGCGAUAUUCGCAACCAAGGAUUCAACGGCUGGGAGUACACAAACCACGCAGUUGCGAUUGUUGGCUGGGGAGAAGACGAGUAA